UGAUGGCAAGAAACGCGGUUGGAAGGGGUUUUUUGUUUGUUGCGGCUUAAAAGGCUAAAACCCUCGUAUUGAGUGUGAGUGACACGCAUAACAGCGUUGAGGGGGUUUUGGGUUGAGACUUUAGACUGAGACACAGAGAAGGAGGCGAUGGGGGCUCUCGCUACAUUAGCCCCUUGGAUUCCCGAGGACGAUCUUCUACUCAAGAACGCCGUUGAGGCUGGUGCUUCCUUGGAGUCACUUGCGAAAGGUGCAGUGCAGUUUUCUCGAAAAUAUAGUAUUAGAGAAAUACAGGAUAGAUGGUAUUCUCUCCUCUAUGAUCCUGUCAUUUCUGCAGAAGCCUCUGCUCGAAUGACAAAUUUUGAGCUUUCGGCUUCGCCUCUCCCACCGAAGUUCUACAGUUUUGGACACUCGAAAGAAAAGAAAGCUGUUUCUGCUAAGAAAAAGUCUGAAAGUGUUCGCAAUUUGUAUUACGCCAGGCGCAAAAGAAUCCGUAAUAAUGUGUUAACUUCCAUGGACUUAAGUUUUCUGGUUGAUCCGGGGAAUGGUAAUUAUGCAGUGAAUGGAAAUGAGCCUUUAUCUGAAAAUUGCUUGCCUGAAGGUGGGCCUUUGGAUCAUUUUUCAAAUCUUGAUCCUGCUCAGUAUGCUUUUCCUGAAAAUGUGAUGGAUGAUAAUGUUGCUUCUGAUGGAGUUACCGCGGGUGUGUUUUGCCCUGGAGUUGUACUUAAGGAAGAACAUCAAAUUCUUGGAGAUAAUGUGCCUCUGAGUGGAGCUGUUGAGGAUUUCGAUGUUCCUAAAGAAUUGGCUAUAGAUGGGUGGAUUGGGGAUGAUAAUUUAGAGAGAGUGCCUUUGCCCACUUUGGAUCAUAUCAACAAUGACGCUGGAAAUAUGUGUUCAGAGUUUGAUGAAAACAAUGGAUUUGAUUCACCUGAGUUAGAGUGUGGAACAUCAUUUAAUUUAUCUCCAUUUCCUGAAAUGCCAGUCUGGAGAACAGACGAGAGCAUUCAAGAACCUGAUAUUACAUGUGAUGUUUUUAAUGAUACUAUGGCUUGUGGGGAGGCUUAUUUGGAAGAACUAUCAAAUUCUCUCUUCAACUUUAGUAGUGAGGAAGAACUCCUUCUGAUGGAUGUUGAUGGAAGAGAAGGGAUUGACAAGUCUUACUAUGAUGGUCUGAGUUCACUCCUACAAACUUCUUCAAAUGAUGUUAAUCCAGAUCAGAUACCUAAAAAGGAUGAAAUUGAGAUGUUAAUGGCCUCACAGGAACAUGUUAUAAAUCAGUCGGUUUCAUGCCAAAAAGAAGUAGAUGACAACCCAGGGUCAAGCUCUGGUGGUGUACAAUCAAGCUCUAGUGGUGUACUGGUAGUUUACAAAUUAGAGUUCCAAAUGCCAUCUUCUGCCUCGGCUAAAGACUCCCAAUUUCCCGAACUAAUUAUUGAACCUAGUACCUGUACAUUAAACGCCGAGUACCAAGAAAUUCCAUCCAAUGAUGAUGUUUUCCUUCCAUUUGAUGUACCUCCUGUCAUAUUUCCUCCUUCAACUAAAUCAACUUUUAAAGAAUCCAAUAAACCAAUUUCAUCAUCUGUUCAAGAUUAUGGAUUUACUAAGCAUAGAGCUAGUGAAAGAGGUAAACCUUCGAUGCAUGUUGAACAGAAAAACCAUGUAGAAUCUCGUGCAUCAUCUCAGAUGACAGGAUCUCCUUGCUUCCCGGGACCUGUUGGUGGUUCUAAGGUAAAAUGUGAGUUGCCUGCUAAUCAUGCAUCACACACAGCGUCUAGGAUUUCUGUUACUGUUUCUGGAAAUAAUGCUGCGAACAAAACAGAUGCUCUUCUGCAUCCAAAUAAAAAGGAAGCUACCAACGUUGGCUUGGCGAAUGAUCCAAGCAAUCAUGUGGCCAGUUCUUUCAUUAAGAAAUCUACUGUCAAUUCUGAUGACUUCAGAAAUCAUCCUCAACCUAAUGGUUCUAUUAUGAAAAUUGAACAAGAUUUAGCCUUGCCACUUCAAGAUCACCUGUUGCAACAUGCUGAAGUGGGACCCUCUGGUGUUCUUGAGUCAGAGCUGGUGGUAAAUCCUCCAACAUUAGAUGAGGAAGAGGAAUAUAUAGAGAGUGAUGAUGAGCUUCCGUCUUAUUCUGAUGUAGAGGCAAUGGUUCUUGAUAUGGACUUGGAUCCUGAUGAUCAUCAGGAUUUGUUUUAUAAUGAGGAAGUAUCAAGAUAUCAACAUGUUGAAAGUAAAAGAGCUAUCAUGAGGCUGGAACAGGGUGCACAUUCUUGUAUUCAGAGAGCCAUUAAUUCACAUGGAGCAUUUGCCAUUUUAUACGGUCGCCACUCAAAGCAUUAUAUUAAAAAACCUGAGGUUUUACUUGGACGAGCAACAGAAGGUGUUCCUGUGGACAUUGACUUGGGUAAAGGAGGGCAAGGCAAUGCAAUUUCUCGACGUCAGGCAAUUAUAAAGAUGGAUAAAGAUGGAUCAUUCUACAUCAAAAACUUUGGCAAGAGCUCAAUCUUGGUAAAUAGCAAAGAAGUGCUUACUGGCCAGUCUCAAAAACUGCAUUCCAAUUAUCUGAUUGAGGUGAGGGGCAUGCCAUUGAUAUUUGAGAUAAAUCAAACUCGUGUGAAGCAGUACCUGGAUCACAUUUCUGACAAUUCACAGACCUUGUAGUGUCGAUUUGUAAAUGAUAGCAAAAGGUCUACUAACACAGAAGGUGCUUAUUUUUACUGCACUUUCUGAUUUUUGGGAAAUGGUAAGCAGUGACACUAUUGUUGUAUAUGUCAUUGCAUUUAUUGGUGAACUUAUUUUUCCCCCGGAAUGGAUUUAUGCGGCUCUGCACUUUAUUCCCUAUGGUUUUUUCCUCACAAAAGUAGAUAAUUCACCAAAAGUUGUGUUCAUGGUAAAUUUAUCCAAUCCUGAGUGUUUGUUUCUA